CAGGGACUCCCGCGGCGGGGUCCACGUGGACCCUGGGCCGCGGGGGACCGGAGCCCGCCCCCCGCGCGUGGGGGAGGGGCGCUGCAGCCGGUUCCCCUUUUUCUGCAGCUCGGAGCCUGGGGAGCGAGUGCUCGAAGGUGGGGGCCGGAAGGACCCAGGUUUCCGCGUCUCCCGACCCCCAGCCUGGCCGGGAGGGGCCGGGGCGGGACACCCUGUCCGCCCCCGCCCCCAGCCCGUUGCAUCGGGCAGCCACUUGGCCCCGCGAGCUGUAGGGGAGGCGCUGCGCCCCCGGCCCCAGCCGACCGGGGGGCUCCUGGCGCCAGCCUCCCGCCAGAGCGCCGCAGGGGUACCUCCUGCCGUCCGACUGAGUCCCCGCCGCUGCAGUGCACGCCCCUUCGGCAGCCGGGGUGGGGCCCACAUCCCGCCGGGCCCCUCCCGCCCCCACCCCCACUUCGGGUCGCCGGCCCCUAGGCUGUGGUGAGGGUCCGGGAGCUGGCACCACGGAGCCUGGGCAACCUCCUCUGCCCACCCAUGCCCACCCCGCAUGAGGCUGAGAAGCAGCACCCAGGGCCAGAGGAGGCAGACCGGCCCCCCUCAAUGACCAGUCAUGACGCAGCCCCUCCGGCCGCCCCUAGCCGCAACCCCUGCUGCCUGUGCUGGUGCUGCUGUUGCAGCUGCUCCUGGAACGAAAGGCGGCGGCGAGCGUGGCAGGCCUCCCGGGAGAGCAAGCUGCAGCCCCUGCCCAGUUGCGAAGUGUGUGCCACGCCGAGCCCCGAGGAGGUGCAGAGCUGGGCACAGUCCUUCGACAAGCUGAUGCGCAGCCCGGCGGGCCGCAGCGUGUUCCGGGCCUUCCUGCGCACGGAGUACAGCGAGGAGAACAUGCUCUUCUGGCUGGCCUGCGAGGAGCUGAAGGCCGAGGCCAACCAGCACGUGGUGGACGAGAAGGCGCGGCUCAUCUACGAGGACUACGUGUCCAUCCUGUCCCCCAAGGAGGUGAGCCUGGACUCCCGUGUGCGCGAGGGCAUCAACAAGAGGAUGCAGGAGCCGUCCGCGCACACGUUUGACGACGCGCAGCUGCAGAUCUACACGCUCAUGCACCGGGAUUCCUACCCUCGCUUCCUCAGCUCCCCCACCUACCGCGCCCUGCUGCUCCGGGGGGCCUCGCAGUCUUCCUCCGAGGCCUAGGCUGCACACCCGGGCCCCGUGGGCAGACUCCGGGUUACCUUCACGUGUUCAUGCCAGCAGGGCUGUCAGGGCGCACACCUGAAGGCGCGGCCUGGCUGGCUGGGGUCCCCGCCCUGGAGGCAGUGCUGACCCCAGAGGGAAAGGCGGCCUCCCCCGGCUCCGUCCGCAGGCCCAGCAGGAGCUCCGGGUGCAGGCGGAAGCCCUCGCGGCCUGCGGCUGGCCGGCCCAGUGCUCCUGCCUGGUGACGAGGGGCCCUCCCAGGAAGCACCCUGGACCUGUGAGCCUCGUGGGGGCCUCCUCCCCAGGCAGCCAGUGGUGAAGACGUGCCUUUGCCGGGCAGUGGGACCUCCAGAUACCUAGUUUUGUAACGUGAGACCUUCUACUUGAGUUGUCUGUACCUCAGAAUCAGGCUCAAGGUGACAGGACCCAAUUUUUUUUAUAUUUUCAUGAACUUUAAACCUGGAAAUGUGUCCUUACUGUGUUUUAUCUAAAAAAGAAAAAA